GUCGGUAUAGACAAUAACUUGAGCAGACCUACUUACUAUGACGUAUGUUGUAUCAGCAUCACAACUUGGUGUUAUCAGUCAAUGCAUACCUGAUAUACUGGAACAACCACAACUGUGUUGAUAGUUCUAGCUUGUGGUAUAUUAAAUAGCGCCUUUUCUGCCACUUCAGGAUAAUCGACGCAAACUAGCGAGUUCGUCAGCUCCCAUAGAAAGAAGUAUAGCCGUGCAUAUUUUGUGGUACUGAUCGUUAACGACAACUCCAAGAUGUCAGACACGGAUGAUAGUGACUUUAAGAUGUUUGACACAGAUAAUAGUGAUGACUCAACAAAUGAGAUCCGACACAAUAUGGCAGACACAGAUAUUAGCGAUAUCAUAUUAGUGGAGAUCCAACACAAUAUGGAAAACUCCUACGGAUGGACGCAUAUUUACCAGCCUGAGUCGCUUGUAAUCCUGGCUAAGGAAGAUGAAGCAGCCCCUGAUCAUAUUAGGUGCGUUGUGUGCUACAAUGUACCUCUGACGUGCUUGCAAACGGCUUGCUGUGACAAUCUGAUUUGCAAAAAGUGCAUGGAAGUGGUCGUUAUUAGUAAAUCCUACGACCAUAAUAGCCGCCGCAUCCAUGGCCCCAUACCCUGUCCCGUGUGUACGGCCUCUCCUUGGGUACAAUUACUGAAGGUAAGCAGCUAUCAGGCUGAAGUCGACAAGAUGCAGGUGCGGUGUAUGGAAUGCCGAAAAAGGGGGGCCUACGGAGAUAUGAUCACAGCGCACGUUAAGUGUAGUAUGAGGCCAGGGGUGAAAAUGAAAGACAAAAUUCCGUGCCUUACAUACUUCAGCAGGAUCAUACACAAAGCUCCCGCCAGUCCGCCUCUGCCGAAACGGCUGAUGCCUUGUAUGAUUACCUUCGUACAGUACACACGCGCGGCGUGUAUAAGGCAGCAGUGGUCAGAGGCAGCGUUGACUGCAGGUUGUAUAGUAUUGCACGACAAACAUGCCGCUCAGGCUUUGCACCUGCUAGGAUACACUGUUAUUCUAUGUAGAAUCAUGCGUGAUUACCCUACGAAUGCGGACCUGAUGGCAUCGGCUUGUGAGGCUCUACAGCACAUAGUGCUACACAAUAGCGACCGGAUUAAGCUCAAAAACGAUUCUAGAUUGAUGGCGCCAGGGGAAAUUAAACUAUACAGUUUUAUCAAACCGGUGAUGAUGAAGAACAAGAAGAGGCGUGUGUUACAGACCCUCGCCUGCAGUGCAUUGGCCAUGAUCACAUACGAUGGUUCGCCUGAUGACUUGAACGACAUGGUCCAGAUUGGGGUACACUUUUGUGUACUCGAUGCCAUGAAGCAGUUUCCCACGUGCGAAGCUCUCCAAGAGGCCGGUGUGUAUGUAUUUAAUCGAUUGGUGAGGGGAGUGAGUCAGGUCAACAUGCAAGCCAUCGUGUGCACGGCGCCGACAAGCAUAACAGCUACCAUGCUUUUAUUCCCUGCGAACAAAAAGAUACAGCGACUCGGUUCGAAGGCGCUCAGAUUCAUGAAGAUGAAGGUACCAUAUGUACCCCACCGCACUACACCCAUACGAAGCUUACACAGGCCGGAUUUCCCAUCUCGGCGCACGGAUUCAGAUUCGAACUCGGACCUCGACUCGAAUUAUUGCGGUACUGAAUGGGACACGGGCUUUCCCGAGGGCUAUGGCGGUAUCCAGGACCCACGGCUUACAGCUCGCUUCCCCGAGAUCGAAGACGAAAAGCCUAUUCAGCCACGUGAUUUGCGUAACAGGCCAUGUGGCGCCGCGAAUGUACUUAUAAAUCGCAAUAACCAAAUAAUGCAGCGUAUGCUCCAGAGCACCCAAAUUGAAUACAUUGCUACCCCUGGGGUUCAGGGCGCGGCCGUGAACGACAUUGAUGAAUCGAUGUCGGAGUUGAUCCUGAGCGACGACGAUGACGACAACUCCGCAUCGGACUGGGAGUCUGCAGUUUCUAGGCACAACUCGGAGUCAGACAACCUGGAGCGUGCGCCAAUCCGACCCAGCGUACGACCGGGCAGCCUACGGUCCACCCACUCCAUGCAAUCGCAGGUGCAGCCGUUUGAGGAGCUCUCCCCCAUCCCCACAUUGAACCGCAAUGGGACCGGCAGUCGUUCACUGGGCAGGCGCCACUCGGCCGGCCAGCGCCAGCCGCCACAACCGAGCCGAAGCUCGAGGACUGGCCCGUAAGUGCCCAGUGGUGGCGUGGGGUGGUGCUACGCGAGUACUAUGUGUUAUAUGCGGUACUUGUGAUUAGUAGCGUAUACCCCGUCAGGAUGUUGGUGAGAGGCAACCAUGCGGCGUGCAGACCUUCGAGUGGGUGUCGAGAGGAGCCGUGAAUAGAGAGCUUGUGAGUGUGGUACACAUGACUAUGCCGUAGGUCGCAUGGAUCGCUUGUUUGUCAGAGAUCGCAUCUUCAGAUUGACAGUCAAAGUGCCCGGGCAUAUCAAAAGUACACCCACGCGAGCUUCAGCAACAGUUGGUCCACUUGCACUGGCGCUGUAGAGAUUUGUAUGCCCUGCGCUGUUUGUGUUGUAGAGUACUGUCCGUAUCACGCACGUGGUGAAAUUGGGAAUGGGUUUUUUUAGUAGGAUGGUAGAGGUAAGCAGCUAUAGGCAGCUAUAAGGUGGCAGGGGAUAGCAGCUAUAGUCAGCUAUAAGGUGGUAGAGGUAAGGAGUUAUAGGCAACUAUAAGGAGGUAGAGGGUAGCUAUAGGCAGCUAUAAGGUGGUAGAUGUAAGCAGCUAUAAGCAGCUUUCAGUAGUGGCGGAUACGUCUUGGAUGCCAAAGAUAUAUAUCCUGUGGUGGGUUGUGGUUGUAGCUUCCUUUGGCAGCGAUUCAACCAGUGGUCUCCCUAUGGCUGUGUCCUUGUCAUGGCCGUGCUAUUGCCACCGAUCUGUAUAUAUUGACAAUGUUUUUUUAAAAUUAAAGUACAAAAUGGGC